UCUUUGCCGAAUAUAUAUAAAGCCUUCGAAGAGGACAAGGCUGUGUACUCAUCUUGAGGCUUCGACGAGAACAAGAUGCAUUCUAAAGUUGCUUUGGUAGUGUUGGGUUUGGUUGCCGUUGUUGCAGCUGACAGCUUCGAGAGCUUCGAGAGAUAUUCCUACGCUCCACCCAGGCCAAGGGCAAGAUUCUCCUCAGGAUCCGAUGAGUCCUACGAGUCCAGCGAGGCUCGUUACAACUUCAACUGGGCCGUCAACCACGCCCCCUCCCGCAACGACUUCGGACACCAGGAGCAACGCAACGGAGACGACACCCAGGGAUCCUACUACGUCCAGCUCCCCGACGGCCGCCUGCAGAGGGUCGCCUACCGCGUCGAUGGUGACGACGGAUACGUCGCCGAAGUCACUUACCAGGGAGAGGCUCGCUUCCCCGACUCAGACGAGUCCUUCGAGUCCCGCGAGUUCCCCAGGUAUGCCGCUCCAAGGAGGUCCUACUUCGACUCCAACGAAUCCAAGUAAAGACUUCGCGGGAAUCUACCAGAUAUGAAAGUCUCAGAUGAUACCAGACUCAGUAUUUAUUUUGUAAUUUAUCUGUAAAUAAAUCAUAAAGA